CCCCACACACUGUUAACCUCGGUAGCAGAGGCAUCACUCCACAGCUUGCCUGCAAGCCAUCUUCUCCACGAUUCCGCUCACGGUUCAUCGGUUGCCACCCGAUUCUGGUGCGCCGUCGCAGGGCGGCGAAGAUGGCCACCAAGGGGCGCAAGGUCGUCGAGGUCCGUGACGCGAGCAGGACGGACGGGAAGGGCGACGCCGCGGACGUCCACGUCGUCCGCGAGGGGAAGAGCGACCACGACACCGCCGGCGGCGUCGGCCACCGCGGCGCGAGCAGGACGGACGGGCAUGGCGACGCGGGCGGCAAGGUCGGGGACUUCCGCGGCAUCGACGGGAAGGACUCCCUGAAGAUCGUCGCGAUGCAGGCGCCGGUCACCGUGGAGCGCCCCGUCCGCGGCGACCUCGAGGAGCACGUCCCCAAGCCCUAUUUGGCGAGGGCUUUGGCGGCUCCGGACAUGUACCACCCGGAGGGGACGACGGAUGAUCACCAGCACCACAACAUGAGCGUGCUGCAGCAGCACGUCGCCUUCUUCGACCGCGACAACAACGGCAUCAUCUAUCCCUGGGAGACUUACGAUGGAUGCCGUGCGGUUGGGUUCAACGUGUUCAUGUCCGCCUUCAUCGCGUUUCUGGUGAACCUGGUCAUGAGCUAUCCCACCCUGCCCGGUUGGCUGCCGAACCCUCUCUUCCCGAUCUACGUGCACAACAUCCACAAGAGCAAGCACGGGAGUGAUUCGGGGACCUAUGACAAAGAGGGCCGGUUCAUGCCGGUGAAUUUCGAGAACAUCUUCAGCAAGUACGCCCGCACGUACCCGGACAGGCUCAGCUACAGGGAGCUGUGGCGGAUGACCGAGGGGUGCCGGGAGGUGUUCGAUUUCUUCGGCUGGGUGGCGAUGAAGCUGGAGUGGUCGUUCCUGUACGUGCUGGCUCGGGACGACGAAGGGUACCUGUCGAGGGAGGCCAUCCGGCGCAUGUACGACGGCAGCCUCUUCGAGUACAUGGAGAGGCAGCGCAUGGAGCACGUCAAGAUGUCCUAGAUCACAGUCGACGGUGAAACUCGCAUGGUCGGAGCUGCACCCACCUGUGAUGCUUUCCGUGUCCGUGUGUGUGAUGUACAGCAGGCCACAGAUCCAUGCGGUGUGCCGCUGGUGUGGCGAAAUGAAAACAUAAAUAACGUGAUAUAUGCCAUGGUUUGUAUGUUUAGCCC